UAAUAAAACGACAAAUAUACCGUUUGUCAAUAAAGGUAGCACGAUUUUAUCUCGCAGUGUGCCGCUAAUAUGUGGUUCUACGUUGAUAAAAUUUGUUUUGAUACCUUUUGGAUGAUAACUGAAAACGUUGACGGGAUGUCUUAGAAGACGCAACUAACAUCAAGUGUUUUCUAUUGUAAUAAAAAACGAAUUAUUGUUACACCGGACGCCCGACUGUGGACGACGACUGUUACACCCAUUUACGCGCGAAAUUGUUGUUUAAACUCGUUUAGAAUGAGUGGCGAUUCAAAGCCUACGAUAGUCAUAGAUUUAGGUUCAGCAGAAACUAAAGCAGGCUUUGCCGAAGAGGAAUUGCCAACAUACACCCUGCCAUCAGUGGUAAGUCAAGAUAAAGAAAAUAAAGUGACUUUACUGGGAAGUAACGCUUUGGGUCAAACAAAUAUUACCUAUCCCAUCGAACAUGGGCAAGUCAAGGAUUGGGAAGCAAUAGAACAAAUUUUCGGAGAUGUAUUCCGCGGACUCGACGUGGUCUGUCAAGACCAUCCUCUACUUUUAACGCAACCUGCAAACAACCCUAAAAGAGAUAAGGAAAAACUCGCGGAAAUUUUGUUUGAAGUUUUCGACGUAUCGGCCCUCUACGAGGAAAUGCAAGCCGUGCUGUCGUUAUAUUCUUCUGGAAGACAUGCAGGUUUGAUAGUUGAGAGUGGGCACGGUGUUACAAGCGUUGUACCAAUUCUAAGUGGUUAUGCGAUUUCCAAAGCAAUUUUAAGGUUGGACAUUGGAGGAGGAGAAUUAGACAAAUACUUAGUGCAACUAUUAAACAAUCGAGGGUAUAAUGUGCCCCUGGAAGUAGCUAGAGAUAUUAAGGAAAAAUGUUGUUAUUCCGAUGAGGGUACGUCUUAUCCAGAUACUGAGAGUUACAAGUUACCUGACGGGCAAGUUAUUCAUUUAGGUCAAGAAAGAACUCAAUGUCCGCAAGCACUUUUUGAUCCAACAUUAGUUGAACAAUAUGAGAGUCAAGGCAUUCAUGAAAUGGUAUACAGGUCCAUAAUGAAUUGUGAUAUUGAUUUACGCCGAGAUUUUGCCAACAAUAUUGUCCUCUCUGGAGGAACAACUCUUUUGAAAGAUUUUGAACAUCGACUUAAGACUGAAUUGGACACUAGAGUAUCACUCAGUAUGAGAAUAUCUAUAAUGGCAGAUAAAGAUAGGAAAUAUUAUGUGUGGAGGGGGGGUUCGAUAUUAGGAUCAUUGUCAACAUUUAGAAAUGUGUGUGUUUCAAAAAAAGAGUAUGAUGAGUAUGGAAUAAGCACUGUGGCAAAGAAAUUUAUGAAUGGGUUAUCAUAA